AUGAAGUUUACGCAGGUCGCACUUCCUCUUCUUUUCUCUGGUGCUGCUUUUGCCGCACCAGCUGCCGACAAAACUUUGAAGGCGAGAUCAACUCAAAUCUGUGGUCAAUAUGACAGUGUCGCCACGGGUGCUUACACCGUUUACCAAGAUCUCUGGGGUAAAGAUUCAGCCACAUCCGGAUCUCAAUGCUCGACCGUUACUUCCUUGAGUGGUUCGACCAUUGUUUGGUCCACAUCGUGGAGCUGGGCCGGUGCUUCAAGAAGCGUUAAAUCGUAUGCCAAUGUGGCUUUGAACUCGGUUGUCACUGCUGGUGUCAAAGUCUCUUCUAUUUCUGCCAUUCCUGCGGUUUGGAAAUGGGGAUACACCGGAUCAUCCAUCGUCGCUGAUGUCUCCUGGGAUAUCUUCACUGCCUCUACCGCUGGAGGAACCAACGAAUAUGAAAUCAUGAUUUGGUUAGCCGCUAUCGGAGGAGCUGGACCAAUUUCUUCCACCGGUUCCCCUAUCGCUACCGCCACCAUUGCUGGUUAUGAAUUCAAAUUGUACUCUGGACCCAACGGAGACACCACUGUUUACUCUUUUGUCGCAUCUACUGAAGCUACCAACUUCAAUGGUGAUCUUAUGGAUUUCUUGAACUACCUGGCUACCAAUGAAGGAUGGUCCACCAGCCAAUACAUUAACGUUUUGGAAGCCGGAACCGAACCUUUCACUGGUAGCAACGCCGUCUUCGACGUCUCCGCCUACAGCGUCUCCAUCACCCAGGGAAGUGCCGUCAAAGUCAUAGCCAGCUCAUCCACCCCCGUCAGCACCAGCAAAGCAACCCCCACCACCACCUCCACCAUCAAAGCCACCAGCACCGUCAAAACCACCGUCGCAGCCGUGCCCACCAGCAAAGCCACAUCUAGCAAAACCAGUGUUGCUGCCGUGGCCACCAGCACCCCCGCUUCUUCUUCCACUGGUUCUGUUCCUUUGUACGGUAACUGCACGGGAGGACUCGCUUGUGCCACGGGUACUUGCGUCGAGCAAAAUGCUUAUUACUCCCAAUGUGUGGCUGCAUAA